AUGCGACCCCGCACACCAGGCAGCUUCAUGCUGAGGGCCUGGCUGCGAAGCGGACCUCUGUUCUUGGCCUCCUACACACGCGUGUGUCGGGUCGGCUUCUGCCCCGGGGCGUGUGCAUCUCUGCCUGACGGAAUCGCUGCUCGGGAAGAAAGUCCAGUGCGGGCCGGGGUCCGCUGCGCAGAGGCUGACCGCAGUGCUGCGAAGGCGGCCCCACAGGCACAGCAUCCCCGGGCGCUGCCUCCUAGUGAUCGCGGCGCUCGGGCCCGGCGGCCGUUGUCCGGCGAGGCCGCGGGUCCGCAGUGGGCGCCGCCUGAGCAUUGCCGGGCGCGCGUGGCCACGGGGCUAAGCGACAGCGAGGACGCGCCGGUGCGGCCGCUGUGCAAGCCCCGCGGCAUCUGCUCGCGCGCCUACUUCCUAGUGCUGAUGGUGUUUGUGCACCUGUACCUGGGCAACGUGCUGGCGCUGCUCCUCUUCGUGCACUACAGCAACGGCGAUGAGACCACCGACCCCAGGCCCCAGCGCCGUGCUCAGGGCCCGGGUCCCGCGCCAACCCUGGGCCCCCUCACCCGGCUUGAGGGCAUCAAGGUAGGGCACGAACGCAAAGUCCAGCUGGUCGCAGACAGGGACCACUACAUCCGAACCCUCAGCCUCAAGCCGCUGCUCUUCGAAGUCCCUGACUUCCUGAGUGAUGAGGAGUGUCGGCUCACCAUCCACCUGGCACAGAUGAAGGGGUUACAGCGCAGCCAGAUCCUGCCCACUGAGGAGUAUGAGGAGGCAAUGGGCACGAUGCAGGUCAGCCAGCUGGACCUCUUCCGGCUGCUGGACCAGAACCAUGAUGGUCUCCUGCAGCUCCGUGAGGUCCUGGCCCAGACUCGCCUGGGGAAUGGACGGUGGAUGACUCCAGAGAGCAUUCAGGAGAUGUACUCUGCGAUCAAGGCCGACCCUGACGGUGAUGGAGUGCUGAGUCUGCAAGAGUUCUCCAACAUGGACCUUCGGGACUUCCACAAGUAUAUGAGGACCCACAAGGCGGAGACCAGUGAGCUAGUGCGGAACAGCCACCACACGUGGCUCUACCAGGGUGAGGGUGCCCACCAUGUCAUGCGUGCCAUCCGCCAGAGGGUGCUGCGUCUCACCCGCCUGUCACCUGAGAUCGUGGAGCUCAGCGAGCCACUGCAGGUUGUGCGGUAUGGAGAGGGAGGCCACUACCACGCCCACGUGGACAGUGGGCCCGUGUACCCGGAGACCAUCUGCUCUCACACCAAGUUGGUAGCCAAUGAGUCCGUACCCUUCGAGACCUCCUGCCGCUACAUGACGGUGCUGUUUUAUUUGAACAACGUCACUGGCGGGGGUGAGACAGUCUUCCCAGUAGCAGACAACAGGACCUAUGAUGAAAUGAGUCUGAUUCAGCAAGACGUUGACCUCCGUGACACUCGGAGGCACUGUGACAAGGGGAAUCUGCGUGUUAAGCCCCGGCAGGGCACAGCAGUCUUUUGGUACAACUACCUGCCUGACGGGCAAGGCUGGGUGGGUGACGUGGACGACUACUCGCUGCACGGAGGCUGCCUGGUCACGCGCGGCACCAAGUGGAUUGCCAACAACUGGAUCAACGUAGACCCUAGCCGGGCGCGGCAGGCACUCUUCCAGCAGGAGAUGGCACGCCUAGCCCGUGGAGGUGGCGCCGAGUCGCAGCCCGAGUGGGCUCUAGACCGGGCCUACCGCGACGCCCGCGUGGAGCUCUGAGGGAGGGUCGGCUCCGGCCCUUCCCCCUCCAGGUGGCCGCCAACUGAGGUCGAGGCUCUGCCGUUCCUCCUGCCCUGCUGCAGACCAAAGGCAUGGCCGAUGUCUUGCCCCACCCCCGCCUCCAGCUGCGACUGGAGUGCAUUUCCUAUACUCAUGUUAUUUAUUGUGUACAGACCCAUGCUGCCCUGAUAAUGUCAAAUAAAAUCACACGGCUUCGUGCCGCAGGCCUAACAAGCUCCAGGCGGGCGGGAGGGAGACCAGGCCAGGCGGCGCCGGCCAGUCCCCGAAGUACGCUGCCAA